AAGAUCUUCCUUGCGUCCGCAUGAGAAAGCUUUCUUAUUAGCACAGGCAUCGCCCUGUCCUGCCGCCUCUCCUCUUAUGUGCCCCCGACGCGCAAGACCCCGUUCUCGGCUUCCGCCAUGGAAAUGGUAAUUCCUCCGCGGGACCAUGGGCCGUCUACAUACAGGUACACGUGGGACGAAAACGGCGAGGUGACCCAGGUUACAAGAAUACGCGACGAACGCGCAUUCUCAACCGAGCGCCUCACACCCGGCAGACAAACUGCCCAAUGGCCCUUCCAGAGCGUCGUGACAGACAUCGAAAUCCCCAGCCCCGUCUCCCCGCUAUCCCAGCAGCGACGGGCAACCACGCACUCCUCUUGGCAGCCCUACCAGCCCAACCAGCCGUACCAGCCCUACCAACCCUACCGGCCUCCUCAGAACAGCGACCGCCGCUGCAGCGAAGGAACCGAUGACCCGCCUGCCGAGCGGGACAUCGUCCCGGACUAUGUCGUCAACUUCAUGCGCGGCGAGACGCCCGAGACGGUGUCGCGCCGGAAACGGAGCACCAGUCACGGUAGCAACUAUCGCUACCACAGCAUCUACGGCGGCGGCGUACAUACCGUCACGCCGCAGCACGGCGUCGCCGACCUCGUCGUCCCCCUGCCCCAGGACCUGCAGCAGCAGCACCGGUCGCACGUGGCCGACUUUGAGGGCUUCCACGUCCGCGAUGACUCGCUGCCCUCGCUCGAGCGCGUGGACAGUCGCGAGGGGGACGAACAACAGCGGUUUUUGGCCGCGGCGGAGGAGCUGGGUCAGAAGACGGAAGGGGAGGCGCAGGGGCAUGGGGGAAACAGCAGGUGGUGGUGGUGGAGGUGCUGCAGGAGCGGUGGCUGGCGCGCCGGCAUGGCGCUGGGCGUGCUGGCGACGUUCAUCAUCCUGAUCGCCGGGUUCGUGUGCCUGGUCGCGGCGAUCUCGGGUGUCGCGCUCAAGGAGGGGAGGUUGCUUGUCUUUGAGGGUUCUUGCACGACGGCGGACCAGGUGAACUGGGGCCUGCACGUCGUCAUCAACGUUUUUGUCGCCGUCUUGGUCGCUGCGGCAAACUACACCUUUCAGGUCCUCAGCAGCCCGACGAGGGAUGAGGUCACGGCGGCGCACCGGCGGAAGGAGUGGUUGGAUAUCGGCGUCCCGUCACUCCGGAACCUCGGAAGCAUCCGGGGCAGCCGGACGCUGUUGGCGGUUGUGGUUCUGGCAACGGCCGCGUCUACGCAGAUAAUGUAUAAUGCUGUAAUAUUCGUCUCGCAGACGGCGCCGGAUUUCAAGGCAGCCGUUGUCGGCGAGUCGUUCGUUAGCGGCGCCCCAUUGAGCGGCGAUGUCUCGGCCAUCAACGGCGGAUUGAGCACCGCCGACCUGUCAGCCCUCCAGCAGCUCGUUGCCCGCAACGAGUUUGUUCGCCUCUCCGCACCCGCAUGCAUCGACCAAUUCGGCGGAGCUUUUGAGCCCGACUACUCACUUGUACUCCUAAUUUCGAAUGCCAAGGCAUCUCCUCUCUCUCAAACGCCCGAGGGCACCAGCCUGGUUUCCGACCAGUCCUCCAUCCAGUACUGCCUCGCCCAGCCAGCCCCUGCGCCAACAUGCGCCGUCAACCUGAACUCAUCCUUACUUGGCACUGUCGCCCUCCUCAACUCGAUCGCCCUCGUGGCCACCGGCGCCGUGCUCUUCAAGCACUCAUCUUCGUUCCGCCCGCUCGCCACUCUGGGCGAUGCGAUCUCCUCCUUUCUCGACGAACCGGACCCCGAAACACAAAGGGCCUGUCUCCUGUCCAAGACCGACGUCUGCCAGGGUCGCUGGCCGCUCACGGAAGCCAAGUACUGGGAGCCCAAGCACCACUACUGGCUCCGCAGCGUGUCCUUUCCGCGCUGGAUCGCCGCUCUUCUGCUCUGGGCUACUUGCGUGGGACUCGCAACCGCGGGGCUAGCUGUCUCAGUCAACAACGACCCCGCGGCGCGCCUCUCCCCCUUCGGCACCGCCUCCCCACACGCCCUUGCCCUGCUCCCGGCCGGCACCCCGGCCGCCGCAGCCGCCGUCGUGGCCAGCCUGCCCCAGCUCCUUCUUGCCCUGCUCUACUUCGCAGUCAACGCCCUCCUCGCAACCUACUACCUCUCGCACGAAUCCUCGCUCUUCGCCACCCGCUCCGCCCGCCCGCUGAGGGUGUCAGCCGACCCCGUCGGCGCCCAGACCACCUCUCUCUAUCUGGCACUCCCCAUCCCCAUCUCCGGCGCCCUCGCCUCCCUCUUCGCCACCAUGUCCUUCCUUCUCAGCCAGAGCUUCUUCCCCGUCUCGGUCCAACUCCUCAACUACCCCCUCGACCCCGCUAACAAUCCCACACCAUCAUCACCAUCAUCAUCGACAAUAACCGCCCUCGGCCUGAGCGGCACUGCCCUCCUGGCCCUGCUCGUCCUCCUCGGCCUGCUCGCGACCGCCGUCCUCGCCCUCGGCCUGCGCCGCGCCCCCGCCGCCGCCAUGGUCAACGGCGAGCUGCGCGGCAACCCCAUGGCCCUCCCCGCCGGCUCGUGCUCCGCAGUGAUCAGCGCCCGGUGCCACCCGCUCGCGAGGGAGCGGGCCGGCCUGUCCGGGAAGCCGGUCAUGUGGGGCGUCGUGAGGGAGGGCGUUGGCUUUGGUGUCAGCCAUUGUGGGUUUACCGCCGGCAGGGCUGGGUUGGUGGAGGCUGGGAGGAACUAUGCUUGAUGGGUUUAUACUGCCGGUCAUGGUUGUGGUGGUGGUCGUGGUGGUGGUUGUGGUCUGGUAGUGGGGCAGGGAUUCGAGUUAGCGCA